CAAAUUCCUCCAACAGUUUUCUUAAUACCCAAAAAUAUUGCUUAAACGAACUUGUAGCUAUAAGCUGUGAUGGUACAGCUGUCAAUACUGGAUAUAAAAUUGGAGUAAAUGCACAAAUGGAACGUUAUUUACAAAGGCCCUUGCAGUGGAAUGUGUGUUUGUUACAUUUCAACGAGUUGCCUCUAAAAAAGUUGUUAACGCAUUAUAUUGGCAAGCAGAAAGGACCUGGUGUUUGGCCAGGGGUGUUGGGGUCUGAAAUUAUGACUUGCACCAAAUACCCGGUUGUAAGUGGUUUUGAGGCUAUUGCUAUGGGAGUUAUUCCUGAAAAUAUUGGCUCUUGGGAAUUACGCAAUGAUCAGCGUUAUUUAUUUGAUAUGGUUUUGGCAGUAAAUAAUGGUGAAUGCGAUGAAUAUCUCGCUAGUAAGAGCCCCGGUCCCGUCAGUACAGCUCGGUGGCUUACAACAGCUUCCAGGUUACUUCGGGUAUAUGUUUCCAAAGAAAGCCCGUCAGCGGAGUUGCGAAACAUGGUAGAGUUUGUUGUGAAAGUUUAUGCACCAUUCUGGUUUCUUGUAAAGAGCCAGCCACAAGCAAUUCAUGGAAGUAGACACGUUUUUAAGUAUAUUUGCUGGAUACGCGAACUAUCAAAUGCUGUUCAAGCCAUUAUACGUUCAGCUAUAGAAAAUAAUGCAUAUUAUUUUCACCCAGAAAAUAUAUUAUUAGCCAUGAUAACCGACGCUGAUCCAGAGAUACGUAAUGAUGGGUACGAAAAAAUCAAAACAGCACGUCAAUAUCCACCAGCAGGGCUUCGCGUGUUCAAGGUCCCAAAGCGUGGCGUAAUAAACUUUGAAAGUAAGUCGUAUGUCAGCAUGAUCGAUUGGAGUCAGUUUAAGAUUACGGAACCCCCCUUGUGUGCAGUUCUACCCAGAUAGUGAACUUACAAUGUUUCAAUUUUCGGAAAAUGAAGUGAUAAAUAUCCCAGGUAAAUAUCUUCAAACUAAAAACUUCACGGGUCUUAUAGUACUUUUAAAUCAUUUUUUUUUAGAGUUCCUCUGUCAUUCCCAGAAUACCGAACGGUUUGUGCGUGUUGUUAGUGAGUCUGCAAGUGCUGUCACUGAUGAAAAGCGCCUGGGCCACAUUUUUGCAAAAUUAGAAAGCCGAGACCAAUAUAAAAGCCUUGA